AUGAACACCUGGAAUCAUACAACUGUGGCUGAUUUCAUCCUCCUGGGACUCACAGAUUCCAAGGAGAUGAGGCUGGUCCUCUCCAUGCUCUUUCUCCUGAUAUACCUGACUACUGUGCUGGGGAAUGUGGGCAUGAUAUUGCUCAUUCGCUUAGAUGCUAAGCUUCACACUCCCAUGUAUUUCUUUCUCACUCACUUGUCAUUCCUGGACCUCAGUUACUCAACUGUCAUCACACCCAAAACCUUACAGAUCCUGCUGACUUCCUGCAGGCAUAUCUCCUUCACGGGCUGCUUCACACAGAUGUUCUUCUUUAUUCUCCUGGCUGCUGCUGAAUGUUUUCUUCUCUCCUCCAUGGCCUAUGACCGUUAUGUAGCUAUCUGCAGUCCUCUACAUUAUCCAGUCAUUAUGUCCACAGGACUCUGCCAUGUCCUCCUCACAGUGUCCUAUGUGAUUGGAGCAAUGGAUUCCACUGUCUCUGUGCUUUGCAUAAGCAGAGUGCAAAUCUGCAACUCCAAUGUCAUUCAUCACUUUUUCUGUGACACGACGCCAGUUUUAGCUCUAUCCUGCAGUGACACUCAUGACACUGAAAUAGUGAUAUUCAUUUUAGCUGGUUCUACUUUAAUAUUGUCUCUUGUCAUAUUAUUUGUAUCCUAUGUAUCUAUUUUAUCUACAAUUUUGAAAAUCAGUUCCACUUCUGGGAAGCAGAAAGCCUUCUCCACUUGUGCAUCCCAUCUCCUGGGAGUCACCAUCUUUUAUGGCACCUUGAUCUUUACUUAUCUAAAACCAAGUAAGUCCUACUCCUUGGGAAAGGAUCAAGUGGCUUCUGUUUUUUACACUAUUGUGAUCCCCAUGCUGAAUCCACUCAUCUAUAGUUUGAGAAACAAGGAUGUGAAAAAUGCAUUCAUUAGAGUCUUACAGAGGAGAGAGGGCUCCAGGUAA